GAUACCGCCCAGUCGGCGGACAUUGACUGUGUCGUGCACGUAACUUGGGCUUCUAAAUGUAGAUGUCGGGCGUUAAACGAAGUGCGCACCCUUAGUUAGUGUAGGCUACUUCUCAUUUGCAAAAAAAAAACAAAAAAAAAACAAAAAAAAUUUAAAAAAAGGAGGCGAAAGAAAUGGAAAGUGCGCAGGCUGUCACCGAGGAUGGCGUGUCGGACGACAGCCCGAGCAAGUUGGAGAAGCCCGGCGGACUGUCCGCCGCCCAGCAGACCCCGGCGGCUGAUGGCGCCGGACAUCUGGUAGCCUGUCGUCCGGACGCUGGCGACGGGAAUAGCCUCGCCGCCGCCGCCGCCUCCGCCUCGACCGGGGGCUCGACUGCCUCGAGCAAGAGUGUCGGCGCCGCGUCGUCUCACGGCCGGAGCUUCCCCGGCAACUCCAACUCGCUGCUGCUGCGGCGGCGGCGGCUGAAGAGGAACCUCUCCGCCGCGGCUGCAACCGCUGCCCCCUCCGCUGUAAAGAUGAACUCGGCCCUGUCCUCCGUGGCCUCGCACACGCGGAGUUUGGACCGGAAAACGCUGCUGAGGCACCGGCAGAACAUGCAACUGCAGCCCUCGGACAGAGAGUGGGUGCGGGCUGACCUGCACCGGGGCUCCGUACACGUCCACGACAGACUCACGCCCUCGUAUCCGAGGCCGGUGCUCUGCACGAUGGACACCACAGCCGGCGAGGUGGCGCUCCGUCUGAGUAAACUCUGCAGCAAGUCGGCCUCGGUUUUGCGCAUAUUUUGCAAAGACAGCCCUGGCACGGACCAAAAUGGCAACUGCAAAGUCGGUUGUGAAUUCAGUGAGAGCCAAUGCAAAGUCAACGAAGAUGGAACUAUCCAGUGCAACCAUUUGAGCUCACUGGACUCCACAGAAUUCAGGGACGGCCUGUCGGGUCAGCCAAGUGACAGGUUGAGACUGCUGCUCAUGAAUAAUGCAGACGACAGACAGAAGCAACAGGAAAUGGAUGCAAAACGUUUCUCCCCGGACUCGCAAGAUCACGUGAUUUGUUCAUUGUCAGAUUUUAACUCUAAUUCGAACGUGGACACCCCCAACGACGAGGACUCGGAGCAGAGGAAUUGCGUUGACAGCUAUGGGCUAAACUCGGGCUCGGAUGUGGAGAGCAGCGCGUUCGACGACCUCAGCUCCGGGGCACAGCUCAGUGAGCACCGAGAUUCCCUCAGCGAUGACAUGAUCCUGGGCACAGAGGCCUCCAUCCUCAGCCCCACGUUUGACAGUGCCACUGAAGGCCUCGACACUUACGGCAGCUCCUCAGACGAGCUGGAGCUUGACGGUCCCAUGCCAAGCACGAGCGGCGAUCCAAUCCCCCAGCACCAUUUGAACGGCAUCUCCAAUGCCUCUGCGAGCUAUGAGCACCACACUAGCGGACAUAUGAAUGACAUGACAAACAACUCGGGGCCGGACAGCAGACUCAAGCCUCACAGUCUGGGCAGCCUGCCACAGAGCAGUAGUGCAAGCUCUUUGUCGAGAGCCUGUUCUACAGGUAAUACACCUGAUAUCCAAGACCCCAACAAUUGCCUAAGUGUCUUAAAAUCAGAGUCCCCUGCAGACCAGAAUGGAGAUACGUGUGACUCCAGCCCCAUGCUUUACGUCCAGCUGCAUGGCGAAGCUGUCAGGAGGCUUCGGCCGGACGAGAGGCCUCUCCAGAUCCAGAGUGACUUUCUCUUUAAGCUUGGAUUUAAGAAUCCGUGGCGAGUUCAAGAGGAAGGGAUGAAUACAGAAAUUGGCUCCCUGUUGCGUUUUUAUGCAGGGAAGCCACACAGCAUCGAAAGCUCAGAGCGAAUCCAACUGUCGGGUACAUAUAACGUUCGCAAAGGGAAGCUCCAGCUACCUGUCAACCGCUGGACCAGACGGCAGGUCAUUCUGUGUGGCACCUGCCUUAUUGUCUCCUCGGUCAAGGAGAGCCAGACUGGCAAGAUGCACAUCCUGCCACUUAUUGGAGGAAAGGUGGAGGAGGUGAAGAAGCACAACCACUGCCUGGCGUUCAGCUCGGCGGGGCCUCAGAGUCAAACCUACUACGUCAGCUUCGACAGCUUCACGGAGCACCUGCGCUGGCACAGACACGCUGCCAAGAUGGUGUCCCAGAGGAUCAACUCAGUGGACCUGUCCUGCUGUAGCCUGGAGCAACUUCCUCCAAACCUGUUCUACAGCCAGGACCUCACCCACCUCAACCUCAAACACAACUUCCUGCCUGCAGACCAAAGGCUGCAGCAGCUGCAGAGGUUCUCUCGUCUACGUAGCCUCAUGUCCAAUAACCACCUGGGCCAGUUCCCAAUGGUGAUUUGUGAUAUCUCCACCCUGACGGAGGUCAACCUCAGCUGUAACUACCUGGCCUCCAUCCCCAGCUCUGUUGGAGGCAUGACCAAUUUGCAGACGUUCCUGCUGGAUGGCAACCGCCUGGAUAACCUGCCAAGCGAGCUGGGCGCCCUCCAGAGGCUAAGCUACCUGGGCCUCUCCUUCAACCAGUUCACCCACGUGCCCCAGGUGCUGGAGAGGCUGGCCUCCAUGGAGAAGCUGUGCAUGGCCGGCAACAGCCUGGACACGCUCACCCUGCAGAACUUCCGGCUGCUCCGCGUCAGACACAUAGAUCUGCGGUUGAACAAGAUCUCCAGUGUGGUGCCGGACGAGCCGGACCUGCUGAGACACGUGACCCAGCUGGACGUCAGGGACAACCGGCUGGAGGAGCUGGACGCCUCCCUCUUCCCCCGGCUGGAGGUGCUUCACUGCGAGCGGAACAGCAUCUCCAGCCUCAAGGCCAAGGGCUGCCUGCUCAAAGGCAUCUACGCCUCCAACAACGUGCUGCAGCAGCUGAUUGUGAGUCCUGUACCAUCCAAUCUGAGCUACAUGGACAUCUCCAGGAACUGUAUGGAGUCCCUGCCCGACUGGCUGUGUGAGAGUAAGAAGCUGGAGGUUCUGGAUGUUAGUCACAAUCUCAUCACCGAGCUUCCGGCACGGUUGCUAUGCAGCAACAGUCUGAGGAAGCUGAGCGCAGGGCACAACCAGUUGCAGAGGCUGCCUGAACGGGUGGAGCGCCCUCUGCUGGAGAUCAUAGACGUACAACACAAUCAGCUGGCGGAGCUGCCCUGCAACCUAUUCCUCAAGGCUGACAGUUUGAGGUGCCUGAAUGCGUCAGCCAAUAAACUGGAACACUUGCCGCCAUCCAGCCUAUCAGAGGAGAGCCACAGCAUUCUGCAGGAACUGUACUUAACCAACAACCGGCUGACAGAUAAGUGUGUACCCUUACUCACGGGACACACACACCUCCGGGUGCUGCACAUGGCCUACAACCACCUGCAGACCUUCCCAGCCAGUAAAAUGGCCAAGCUGGAGGAGCUGGAGGAGGUGGACCUGAGCGGCAACAUGCUGAAGACUGUGCCCACCACCAUCAUCAACUGCAGACGCAUGCACACGCUCAUCGCCCACUCCAACACCAUCGAAGUCUUCCCUGAGGUCAUGCAACUGAUGGAGAUGAAGUGUGUGGAUCUGAGCUGUAACGAGCUGAGUGAGAUCACCCUGCCAGAGAACCUGCCCCCGAAGCUUCAAGAGCUGGACCUGACUGGCAACCCUCGUCUUAACCUGGACCACAAGACCCUGGAGCAGCUCAAUAACAUUCGCUGUUUCCGUAUUGAUCCACCGCCAACCUUUACAUCGAAUGAGGUGUCGGGCGGGCCUGCUGUGUGGAGUCAUGGUUACACAGAGGCCUCUGGUGUCAAGAACAAACUGUGCGUCGCAGCGCUGUCUGUUAACAGUUUCUGCGGUAGCCGGGAGGCUCUCUAUGGUGUCUUCGACGGGGAUAGGAAUGUGGAGGUGCCCUACCUUCUGCAGUGCACCAUGAUUGACGUGUUGGCUGAAGAACUGCACAAGACGAAGAGCGAAGAGGACUACAUGACUAACACCUUCCUCGUCAUGCAGAGGAAACUUGGAACCGCGGGGCAGAAGCUGGGUGGCUCAGCGGCGCUGUGUCACAUCCGCCAUGACCCCACGGACCCCAGUGGCUGCUUCACCCUAACGGCUGCCAACGUGGGCAAGUGCCAGGCCAUUCUGUGCCGCGACGGCAAGCCGAUGUCCCUGUCGCUGCUACACAACGUGGGGCUGGAGGAGGAGUACCGUAGGAUCAGGCAGCACAACGCCAUCAUCACUGAGGACAACAAGGUGAAUGGCGUGACCGACUCUACACGGAUUAUGGGCUACUCCUUCCUCUACCCGUCAGUUAUCCCUCGUCCCUAUGUGCACACAGUCACUCUCACCCCGCAGGAUGAGUUCUUUAUCCUGGGUAGCAGGGGCUUAUGGGACGCCGUGUCCCCCACCGAGGCUGUGGAGGCUGUCCGAAACGUCCCCGAUGGCCUGGCCGCUGCCAAGAAGCUGUGCACCCUGGCGCAGGGCUACGGCUAUACCGACAGCCUCAGCGCUGUGGUGGUGCAGCUCAGCGUGAGCGAAGACUGCUGCUCCUGCUGUUGCUCCGAUGCUCCACAGCCACCCCCCAGCCCGGGCCUGGGCUCCUAUCCGCCCUCGGCCUCCGCCAUCAAGGAGCGACCCCUGGGAGCGCCGGACGGUUCCCUCCCCGUGCCCCCGUCCUCCUGCAGUGAGAUCAGCAGUGAGAUCAGCACCAGCGAGAUGAGCAGCGAGGUGGGCUCCACAGCCUCGUCCGAUGAGCCGCCGCAGAGCUCCCUGGUGUUGCUGCACGAGCAGCCCCACCACCCUCACCUGCACCUGCACCAGCCUGCACACUCGCUCUCCCUCCUGCAGCAGCAGGCCCAAGCAACCACCCAGCCCUGCCAGUAUCCUCCAUAUCCAGGCUCCGAGCUGCUCUCCACCCGCAACUGCUGCGCACUCCACCCGGCAUGCCUGGCGGGCUCCUUCCAAAGGCAGCUGUCCAGCGCCACAUUCUCCAGCGCGCUAUCCGACAAUGGGCUGGACAGCGAGGACGAGGAGCCCAUCGCGGGGGUUUUCUCCAAUGGGAGUCGAGUGGAGGUGGAGGCCGACAUCCACUGCCUGAAGACCGAGUCCUCCACCUCCUCAGCACCGGAAAUAUCCUCCACUGGCCAGGAGUGCACCUUGCUGCCUCCCCCGCCGCCACCUCCCCCCCCCUGCACCCUGGAGCCCCUGGAGGAGGGGGGCGGCGACAUGAGCCUAGGGGAGGCUGAAAACGGACCAGAGAGGGAGGAGUCAUGGCAGGGAGGUGGAGCAGCGGGUGGGGACGCAGGAAAGACGACGGGGAAGAGGAGGGGCAACGGGUCGGUGGCACCGCAGGAAAAGAGUCACAACCUUAUCGAGGUGGCCGCGGACGCACCGUGCAAGAAGCCCGGGGGUUACUUCACCGCUCCGGCCCAGCCCGACCCGGACGACCAGUUCAUCAUCCCCCCCGAGCUAGAGGAGGAAGUGAAGGAGAUCAUGAAGCAGCACCAGCAGAAGCAGCAGAAGCCAAGCGGGGGCGAGCAGCCCACGGACUACUAUGACACCCCUCUCUGAACCCACCUCACCCACCAACUACAUCCACAACCCCCCCCCCCCCCCCCAGGUGCGGCGGCCCGCGCAGACCACUACCACGACGUCGCCACUCCGAUUUUGCACCACAUGGACACCAAUCAUCGGGUUUGUCUCACGAGGCCGUAAAAGCCCGUAGGGGAAGCCUCCUACCGUCUUUCUUCGUUCUGUGGAUGCACUGCAGACCUCACGACCGGAGCACCGCCACACAUUCGAAUUUGCUUCACCCCGCCACCACCACCCUCCCGACCGAAUUAAGCGAAAAGUCAAUACAGCAAAACGAGCCCUUUAAUGAUACACUACCGCCCCUUCGGACCCACUUGCGUGAGUGCGGAGCGGUGUUCCUCUCACAAGACUGCGGAGCGCUGUUUUUACACCGGACCGCCACCCACCCAGGAUGUAACCUGCACCCGUCUGUCUGCAGUCGUGUUCGCCCGCCACGUGUCCGUCUCACCAUAUCGUCUAAAUGUGAAGGAGGGGGGACGUUGCUGGAAGGACUUUUUAAAAGCAGAGACACGUAAUCUUUUGUAUUAUCCGUGAGCUAUGUUAAAUGGUACACCGUAAUACCACGCUUAACUGUUGUAGAUAGGGCACUUAAAAAACUAUUUCUUCAGUAAAUCAUGGCUUUUGGCCUGUAAAACGGCAUAGAGAUUUUUGUAGAAAUUUUAAAGACUAACUCCUAGGAGUUGUAUACUCUUUAUGGUGACUUAGUCACUUUUACUAAUCUUCUCUGAGAGAAAUGGUGAUUUUUUUUUUUUCCAAAUGAUUGUAAAUAAGAGAAAUGUUGUAUACUGAUGCUUUUAAAGGAACUGUGUACCUGUGUGUCGGUGAAUGGUUUCUCUUGGUGGGGAGGAUGUGUGGUUCGCCCCGGAAUUUCGCUGUUGUGGAGCUGUCAUCCUUUAUAUACACUGUAGACUAACAAAUACCACGCACACACAUGAACACGUCACACACACACAUAUACCACACAUACCCCCACCCCCCCCACCCAUGUAACGCCGAAACCCAGACAUUACAGACGGUGUAACUACACAACCUUGCAGCGGUUUUGCUCCCUUUUUGUUUUGAUCGUGACGUCCCGUAGUAAUCACGUUAUCUAACACACACUCAUGCACACAAAUUUAAGCAUGCAAACUUGCACAUACGACGAAUACACAUACACACACACACACACACACACACACACUGGCGUACAUAGGCAGUGUUUAGCCACAACCCUCCUGCAGUAACUGUUAUCACCGGCAUGACUGUGUCAAGUUCAGUAUUACAAACAAAUAUAUACACAUGGAGAGCAAACAACACAGAUGUUUUUGUCUUUGGUAUAAUAAAUCUUAAAUUUGUGA